GCUUUCUUUUGGUAAUGCAGUAACCCUGCUGGUGCAUUACAAAGCCCAAAUUUAAUUCGCAAACACGGAGAAAACUUCAACGAAAGCUUCCAACUCCAGCAAGAUGAAUGGACCAUUUACGUUUUUGUAUUGCCGUUCAUGUUAACAAGUUGGCAGAAAUGCUGUUGAAUAUCUGUAAUGAUAUUUGUGUCAGUAAGUUGGCAAAAAUGCUGACAAGUGUGGUGGGGGAAGUGCUACAGAGAGUGUCGUUUCAAAUGUUUGUUGACGGACUUAACGAGGUUCGAGUUAGUGUGCGACUUGGAAUAACAACUAUACGCUGUAAUGUGUGCAGACCUAAACAAAGUAGAAAUAUUGACCUAUGCCGUGGUGUGGCUGUCAGGUAUUUUGACGGCGGUUUAUAGUGUGUUACUAAAAAGAGAAUGUAAGUAAUAAUCGUUUGUAGUCCCCGGCACUUGUUAUGGUCUCAUACGUGUGAAGUGACGUUUACAUUUUUAAGUUAAUACAGUAGAUGAUUUAUAAAGACAAUGCACGUUGUACUUAGUAUUGGAAUUUGUUGAGUAACCGGGUCGACUGAAAUAUUUUAUCCAGUAUGUGUAAAAACUAAAAGGGAUUAACUGAAUCGGUGCAUUCUUCCGUGUAGUACGUUUUUGCCGUCUGCGGUGUUUUUAUCUAGGGACUGAUGACUUUAGCAGUUAGGUCUCUCUCUCUCUCUCUCUCUCUCUCUCUCUCUCUCCAGUAAAUUUACGUUUCUGAUGGAAGCUUUACGCUGUAGUUUUAUCUUUUCAAGUUUUUAAUCUGUUCCAAGGUUUUUAUAACAAAAACCUCCGUCACAGUAAAACAUCAUUCCCCGUGAAGAUGCCGUUCCUCUGUAGAUGUUUGUUGUGCUGAUGUGGUAUUGAUCUGGCCAAUAAUAUUGUAGUAACUUCAGGUUAUUAGCCUGUCGUAAUACUGUUUACAUGCCAAUUUCCAUGGCCUUUAACUCGAUAAACUGUUACUAUUAAAUCUGCCAUAAAAACCAGAGUGUGGGAGUGUCUUCUUUCUUGGUUAGUUGUUAAGUCUUUGAUCUCUUAUUUUUGUGGAGGCAAACUGUAUUGUAUCAUUAGGUAUUUAAUAUAGGGUAUAACCUUUUUAUACGAUUUACACUGUUUUAUGUUAGUAAGUUUUUAAUGUUUUCUGCUAAAUUUGGUACAUUUGUGGAGUGACUGCAUGAACUGUGUUCAUUGAGGAUAUCUGAAUAAAAUAAUGUAGUAUUGGUGCAGUAGUUCAUUGAAAAAAAUGUAAUCUACUGAUUUACUGAAAACCAAUUCUUUUAACAUUAUAUUACAUGUAACCAGUUUGUACACCAAAACGUUGUAGAUUUGUUUCAUUGGAAUAGUUCUGUUUGUAAUUUUUCCUAUUCAACAUUCCAAAUGUAAAACACCACGUGUCUUAUAGUAAAUUCUACUUAUUGCUAGUUUUUACCACCUUCAUAGACAUACACUGCUCGACAGAUGAAUGGCCAUUGUGGCGUACCAUGUUCUUAUCAGUAGCUGUAACACUCAAAGAGCUGUGUUCUUGCUUCAGCUGAGCAUUGAGCUAAUUAAUUAUGGGUCUAGGCUUGUGGAAACUGUCAAAGUGGAACCUUUCUGUUGUCGCUACAAUUCAAAUUCCCUGUAGGUUUCCUGAAUAUGGUUAGUCACGAUCAAGCAUUAACACCUGGAACGGCAUGACUGGACCAAUUGUGUGUCAGCUAAAGUAUAUUUACCCCCAUGUAGAUUACGACAGCCAUUGAUAUUCUUUAAUUCAUGUAAAGUAGUCUGUGCCCAAUUAUGAUCAGUUUUGAAGAUCUGAUCUUGAUUGCAUCUUUCUUUUUCUGGUGUGCACAGAGAUUAUUUGACCACUGAUGAUUUUGGUAAUAGAAUCAUUAAAAAACAAAGGAAAUAAUUGUUUUUUCUUCUUGGAUCAGAGGAAGUUCAUUAGCCUUUGGGUCAAAAGCAUACCAAAGCAUAUUGUGUUAUUUACAAAUACAAAUGUUUUAUUCCACCUUUGAGCAUAUUUACAUGCAGUUGGUGUCGUCAGUAUUACUACGUUAAUAAUAAUAAUAAUAAUAUAAACUGCGACAUGACAAAUAUCAUUAACUACAGUAUUAUAAUCCAAGAUGGGUACAAUACAUUUUAGUGCUAAUGUCAAUAACAACAAGAAGUUUCCUAACACAUGAAAGAUAAAUUAACUAUGUAGUUCAGUGAAUGACAAAUAGUCAAACAUGUAAUUAACAGUAAGUACAUGAAACAAUAAUAAAAAGUCUAGUGUUAGAUUUAUUUUCUGGCACUGUGUAGGCAUUUUCAGGUAAUUUGUUGAAGUAGAGGGGACCAGGAUACAGGUGACUGUUAUGUGUUUUUGCAAGCCUUGCAUAUGGCAUAUUAAUUGUACAUCCAUUUCAUAUGUUAUGGUCAUGAACUGUUCCCGUUAAGUCAAAUUUGCUUAGAUUCUCUAUAAUGCAGACAAGGCAGUUGUAAAUAUAUAGGCCAGGCACUGUCAUUAUAUUUAGUUUCUUAAAAUAAUCUCAGCAUGUUUCAUAUGGGCUAAGCCCUGCUAUGCACCUUAUAACUUUCCUUUGCUAUUUAAACACUAAUUUUGAGCCUACGGAAUUGCCCCAUAAUAGUAUUCCAAAACUCAGGUGCGAAUGGAAGAAUGCAAGAUAUGCAUAUAACAGACGGUCUUUACUGGCAUUGCUCUUCAUCUUGUAUAGCAGAUAUAUGGCAUGUUCAAAUUGUCACAUAACUUCCCUGUGAGGGUAUCCCAGGUGAGCUUUUGAUCUAUAUGCAAUCGUAAUAAUUUUACUAUUUGGUUGUCAUGACUGGGAGCAUUCAGACUGAAUACAAUAGCUUCAGUCUUACUAUCAUUCUUCUGCAGUAAAUUUGCCUCAAAACAAGUAGUGCACCUCUCCAUUGCCACUGCCAUGUUAUGUUGCUCAUUUUCAAGGUUGGUAUCACGUGAUGAGUGUUGUGUCGUCAGCAUAUAGCACUGCGUCACAUGAUCCAACUGCAGGUAAAUCAUUUAUAUAAGUAAUGAAAAGGAAAGGCCCAAGACCAGGUCAUUUACAACUGGGAGACACCUUAACUGUUUUCUAUUGCCCAACUAAGGCUACAUUAGGCAUAGAGCAUUCUGUCUCACUCUGUAGUGGUAGAGCAUUUUUAUAAGAAUAUUGUGCGAGAUCACAUCAAAAGCUUUCCUGAGGUCCAACAGUGUUGCACAGAUAAUAUCUUUAUUUUCAAAAUUUUUGCUACCACAUUCUGAAGUGUUUUGCCUGUGGGAAGACUGUAUCUGAAUCCAUACCGUGAGGAGGUAAGUAUAUCAUUAUGUUCAAAAUAUUGACUCAUCUGUUUAUGCCUGCCGUAUUCUAUUAUGUUUGGUAUUAUGGGUAUAAGUGAUAUUGGUUGAUAGUUAACUGGAGAUGCUGUAUGUCCUUUUUUUAUAUACUGGUUUAACUAUAGAUAUUUUUUUAACAUUCUGGAUAAUUACCUUGAUUUAAAAUGUUGUUGAUUAUUUUAGUCAGUGGCUUUACAAUUUGAUUUCUUGUAUACUGAAUAACAUAAUUUGAGAGACCAUAGUAAUCCUGUGCUCUAGAAUUACUGAGCUUAUUUAUUAAUUCAUUGUCUAUCUUCUCUGUUAAACGUGUCCAGUGAAAGCUGUCUGUCUGCUUACUGUUAAUUUCUGGCAGCAGUGCCCCUGCCGUACUCACAUCCUCCAUUAUGCUGCUGUUGUCUGACAGACGACUGACGAAAUGUGCAUUUAAAAUAUCAGUCAUUAGGAAGAAGUCAGCAGACAUAUACUUUGAGCCAGGGUGGAGUAUUGUCAGUACUGAGAAGGAUGUAACAGAUUUCGAGUGGGAAAUCUGGUUGUCAUUCAUGGCACUUGUUUCUCCAUGGAUUGUUGCACAUCUCAUUGGCUCAUGGCUUAUAAGAUUAACUCAAAACCAGCUCAUCCCACUGUGGCAUCUGACAAUAGCCAUUGCCUUUCUAUUGUGGUACCUUGGUUCAACAGCAACAGUGUUCCUUCUCCUGCAGCCUUGUGUGUUUUACUUACUGUCAACAAUGAGAAACAAGUCUAUUCUGUGGGCUUUCAGCAUUGGUAUGUUAGCUUGGAUUCACAGAGAGGAUUCACUGGCAUGGUUACAAAUUUCGUUCAGUGCUGAAUACCUGCUUCAUGCUGCAUUAGGUUGGACACACAUGCGUUGCCUAAGUUUUACACUUGACAAAGUGAAUGAAGUAAACUACACAGCUGAUCUGAGAAACUGUAUUAAUCUCUUAGGCUAUUGCUUCUACUUACCUACCCUGUUUAUGGGACCACUUAUUUUGUAUGAAGUGUUCCAUGAAGGGGUGAUGAGUACAGUAACACUGACAGGAACACACGUAAUGAAACUGUCUUUAAAAAUCUUGCGCUUUAUUUUCUGGCUGUUAGUUACGGAUUUUUCUUUGCAUUUCCUAUAUUUUAAUGCUCUGCAGCAACAACCACAGAUUGUCAGAAAUAUCGACUGGUGGUCUCUUUGUGGCCUGGGUUACUGCAUGGGACAAUUCUUCAUGAACAAAUAUGUGGUUGUUUAUGGUUUGGCAGGCAGCAUAGCAGAAGCAGAGCACAUUUUGGCACCAAGACCUCCAAAAUGUAUUGCUAGAGUACAUCUUUAUUCUGAAAUGUGGCGAUAUUUUGAUCAUGGACUCUACCUUUUCCUGGUCAAGUACAUAUACAUUCCUUGCCGUGGAAACGAUUCGAGCUUGAUUAAGAAAUUGGGUGCAUCAUUUGUAUGCUUUAUUUUCAUAUAUUUGUGGCACAACACAUAUGACUAUGUUCUGAUUUGGUCUGUUCUCAAUUUCAUUGGAAUAACAGUGGAAGGAAUAUGCAGAAGUGUUGCUCGCUCAUCAACAUAUCAAAAGCUUGAGGAAAUGUUGCUGUCUCCAAGAAAUUCUAGACGUUUCAAAGCUGCCCUUGGAAGUCCUCUCUUCAUUAUGUCAGCUUUGUCCAGCUUUUAUUUUCUUGGUAGAAUGGAAAUCGGAAACAUAUUUGUCCGUCGAAUCUUUACAGGAUGGGGUCUAGCCAACAUAACAUUGUUGCUGUUUUGCUAUUGUGGUUGUCAAGUGUCUCUGGAGUUGAUGAAAUGGGACAGAAGAAGAAAAGCAAUCGACCAUCACAUUUGAGAUGUGUUUCAAAAGCCUAAGAUAUGUAAACUUGAAUUUUGUAAAUAAAAGAAUAUCUUAAAAUUAGAA